AUGGACUGCCAGGCCCGCGGCAGGCGCUGCCCGGAGGCGGCCUUCCUGAUUCCAGAGCUUGCCCGGAUGGGGCCCCUGAGGCCCAGCCCAGGCCCUGGGGGGCGAGGAUUGUCGAUGCCCCCCUUGCUGCUGGCCCUGCUGCUGCUCCUGCUGGCUCCAUCCCCAGGUCACACCACUCAGGUGGUGUACAAGGUGCUGGAAGAACAGCCACCCAACACCCUCAUCGGGAGCCUCGCAGCCGACUAUGGCUUACCGGACGUGGGCCACCUGUACAAACUGGAGGUAGGCGCCCCGUACCUGCGGGUGGACGGCAAGACAGGCGACAUCUUCACCACCGAGACCUCUAUCGACCGCGAGGGGCUCCGCGAAUGCCAAAACCAGUUGCCCGGUGAUCCCUGCAUCCUGGAGUUCGAGGUGUCCAUCACGGACCUCGUGCAGAACGGCAGUCCCCGGCUGCUGGAGGGCCAGAUAGAGGUCCAGGACAUCAACGACAACACGCCCAACUUCGCCUCGCCGGUCAUCACACUGACCAUCCCCGAGAACACCAACAUCGGCUCGCUCUUCCCCAUCCCUGUGGCUUCUGACCGUGAUGCCGGCCCCAACGGCGUGGCAUCCUACGAGCUGCAGGCCGGGCCCGAGGCCCACGAUCUGUUUGGGCUGCAGGUAGCCGAGGACCAGGAUGGGAAGCAGCCACAGCUCAUCGUGAUGGGCAACCUGGACCGGGAGCGCCAGGACUCCUAUGACCUCACCAUCAAGGUGCAGGACGGUGGCAACCCCCCGCGUGCCAGCAGCGCCCUGCUGCGCGUCACUGUGACGGACACCAACGACAAUGCCCCCAAAUUCGAGCGGCCCUCCUAUGAGGCUGAGCUGUCUGAGAACAGCCCAAUAGGCCACUCAGUCAUCCAGGUGAAGGCCAACGACUCAGACCAAGGUGCCAACGCCGAGAUAGACUACAUGUUCCACCAGGCCCCUGAGGUCGUGAGGCGUCUUCUGCGCCUGGACAAGAACACCGGGCUCAUCACCGUGCAGGGCCCCGUGGACCGUGAGGACCUCAGCACCCUGCGUUUCUCAGUGCUUGCCAAGGACCGAGGCACCAACCCCAAGAGUGCCCGUGCCCAGGUGGUGGUGACCGUGAAGGACAUGAACGACAACGCCCCCACCAUUGAGAUCCGGGGCAUAGGCCUGGUGACCCAUCAAGACGGGAUGGCUAACAUCUCCGAGGACGUGUCAGAGGAGACAGCCGUGGCCCUGGUGCAGGUGUCGGACCGAGAUGAGGGAGAGAAUGCAGCCGUCACCUGUGUGGUAGCAGGGGAUGUGCCCUUCCAGCUACGCCAGGCCAGUGAGACGGGAAGCGACAGCAAGAAGAAGUACUUCCUGCAGACCACCAGCCCAUUGGACUACGAGAAGGUCAAAGACUACACCAUCGAGAUUGUCGCCGUGGACUCCGGCAACCCGCCCCUCUCCAGCACCAACUCCCUCAAGGUGCAGGUGGUGGACAUCAAUGACAAUGCACCCGUCUUCACGCAGAGCGUCACUGAGGUCAGCUUCCUGGAGAACAACAAGCCGGGGGAAGUGGUGGCGGAGGUCACGGCCACUGAUGCCGACUCGGGCUCCAAUGCUGAGCUGGUUUACUCUCUGGAGCCCGAGCCGGCCGCCAAGGGCCUCUUCUCCAUUUCUCCUGAGACCGGAGAGAUCCGGGUAAAGACAUCCCUUGAUCGGGAACAGCGGGAGAACUACGAGUUGAAGGUGGUGGCAGCUGACCGGGGCAGCCCCAGCCUGCAGGGCACAGCCACUGUCCUCAUCAAUGUGCUGGACUACAAUGACAAUGACCCCAAGUUUAUGCUAAGUGGCUACAACUUCUCCGUGAUGGAGAACAUGCCGGCGCUGAGUCCAGUGGGCAUGGUGACUGUCAUUGACGGGGACAAGGGGGAGAAUGCCCGAAUCCAGCUCACCGUGGAGCAGGACAACGGUGACUUUGUGAUCCAGAAUGGCACGGGCACCAUCCUCUCCAGCCUGAGCUUUGAUCGGGAGCAGCAGAGCACCUAUACCUUUCAGCUGAAGGCGGUGGACGGUGGCAUCCCCCCUCGCUCAGCUUACGUUGGCGUCACUAUCAACGUGCUGGAUGAGAAUGACAACGCACCCUUCAUCACCGCCCCGUCCAACACCUCCCACCGGCUGCUGACCCCCCAGACGCGUCUCGGUGAGACGGUCAGCCAGGUGACAGCUGAGGACAUUGACUCUGGUGUCAAUGCCGAGCUGACCUAUAGCAUCGCUGGUGGCAACCCUUACGGACUCUUCCAGAUCGGGUCGCAUUCAGGCGCCAUCACCCUGGAGAAGGAGAUUGAGCGGCGCCACUAUGGGCUGCACCGUCUCGUGGUGAAGGUCAGUGACCGUGGCAAGCCCCCGCGCUAUGGCACGGCCUUGGUCCACCUGUAUGUCAACGAGACCCUGACCAACCGCACGCUGCUGGAGAACCUGCUGGGCCACAGCCUGGACACGCCCCUGGACAUCGACAUUGCCGGGGACCCAGAAUACGAGCGCUCCAAGCAGCGUGGCAACAUCCUCUUCGGUGUGGUGGCUGGUGUGGUGGCCGUGGCCUUGCUCAUCGCCCUGGCGGUGCUCGUGCGCUACUGCCGGCAGCGGGAGGCCAAGAGCGGCUACCAGGCCGGUAAGAAGGAGACCAAGGACCUGUACGCCCCCAAGCCCAGCGGCAAAGCCUCCAAAGGAAACAAAAGCAAGGGCAAGAAGAGCAAGUCCCCGAAGCCCGUGAAGCCAGUGGAGGACGAGGAGGAGUCCGGGCUGCAGAAGUCCCUCAAGUUCAACCUGAUGAGCGAUGCCCCUGGGGACAGCCCCCGCAUCCACUUGCCCCUCAACUACCCACCGGGCAGCCCCGACCUGGGCCGCCACUACCGCUCUAACUCCCCUCUGCCUUCCAUCCAGCUGCAGCCACAGUCACCCUCGGCCUCCAAGAAGCACCAGGUGGUGCAGGACCUGCCGCCUGCGAACACAUUUGUGGGCACUGGGGACACCACGUCCACGGGCUCUGAGCAGUACUCCGACUACAGCUACCGCACCAAUCCCCCCAAAUACCCCAGCAAGCAGUUACCUCACCGCCGCGUCACCUUCUCCGCCACCAGCCAGGCCCAGGAGCUGCAGGACCCGUCCCAGCACAGUUACUAUGAUAGCGGUCUGGAGGAGUCUGAGACGCCGUCCAGCAAGUCCUCCUCAGGGCCCCGCCUCGGUCCCCUGGCUCUGCCGGAGGAUCACUACGAGCGCACCACCCCUGAUGGCAGCAUAGGAGAGAUGGAGCACCCUGAGAACGACCUGCGCCCUUUGCCUGACGUCGCCAUGACGGGCACGUGCACCCGGGAGUGCAGCGAGUUUGGCCACUCCGACACGUGCUGGAUGCCCGGCCAGUCGUCUCCCAGCCGCCGGACCAAGAGCAGCGCCCUCAAACUCUCCACCUUCGUGCCUUACCAGGACCGAGGAGGGCAGGAGCCCGCGGGCGCCGGCAGCCCCAGCCCCCCGGAAGACCGGAACACCAAAACGGCCCCCGUGCGCCUCCUGCCCUCCUACAGUGCCUUCUCCCACAGUAGCCAUGACUCCUGCAAGGACGCGGCCACCUUGGAGGAGAUCCCCCUGACCCAGACCUCGGACUUCCAACCGGCAGCCGCACCGGCACCUGCCCAGACGGCCAAGCGCGAGAUCUACCUGUGA